GAGCCUAAUUGCGGAAGAUCACCCGCAGCCCAACGCUAUCUCCUCUCUCGAACUCUCUUUCUCAGUUUCUCCCACGAGCUCAAGCUCUCGUCAGCUCGUCUCAUCUCCGGUCUCUCACCUCUCGUCUCCGGUCUGUCAAGCUCUCGUCAGCUCAAGCUCUCCCUUCCCUGCGCUAGCUUCGCCGGCGGCAGAAGCAGACGGAACUGCAUCUGGUCCCUCGGGUGGUGGUGGUCGUCGUCUUCUUGCUUCUCACGGUUUCUGUCUCGCACCUGGUCUCGAUCUCUCCCUUCCCUGCGCUCUUCGUCGCCGGUAGCAGAGGCAACAGAUCCCGGUGGGCUGGUCUUCAGUGUCGUCUUCUUGCUUCGAGCCUUGCCGUCAGAUUCUCCCUCGCCAUCAGCUUCUCCUUCGCCGUCAUCUUUCUUCGCGCAACCCGAUUUGGGUUUUUGAGGAUCCCAAAUGGCGCUGAGGAAGUUCGUCAACGAGAUCAGGGGUUUGAAGGUGAAGGAGCUUCCCAACUACAUCAAGCCCAAGUUAUCUCUCGAUUACAUCAAGAACUCCUUUAACCGUGGCUUGGAUAACUACUACACCAAGUACAUCGAAACCAGUUCUCCUGAUCCACUCUACCAUGUUUGCUUCGGCGGCAUGGUUUUGUCCUACCUCGUUAAUCUUCCCGAGGAGCGCCGCCACUACGAGCACCUCGAGCACGAGCGCCUCGCUAAGGCACACGGUUCCACCGCCGCCCACCAUUGAUCUCCAAUCGAAAAAAUCCAUUUAGGUUCUUUUCGGGACUUUGACAAAUAUGGCGAGUAAGGAAUAAUGACAUUUUUAUUUCUCAUGAGACUUGGCCUCCAAAAAAGGUGAUUUGUUUGACUUUAGCAAAAGAGUUUAGAAGUGUUUUUGAAUUACAACAUAUGUCCCUCCUUUCUAUUUUAAGUAGUUUUUUGAAUCAUCUAUUUGUAGGUACUUUCAAGAUAAUUGUGAAACUAGUUAUCUUGGUUUUGGUGAUAGUAUUGGUUUUGCUUGCAUUGUCAGAGAUUGUAACGAGUGUUGGCAAAGAGGAUGUUUGAGAAUGAUUGAGAGUAAUAAUAAAAAAAAUUAUUUGCUAUUUGGGGGGGUUAUAUCUUAGUCUGGGAUGCGGGUCAAUAAAAUGUUAUUUGUAAGAGGGAUUAUGAAGAUGCAU